AUGGACGGGACGGAAGGGAUGGAGAGACUCGCCGCGAGCCUCUCUUCGUCACCAGCCGCUAGCAGAGUCGCCGAAGUUGUGCAAACCAUGACCUCCAUCGCAAGCUCAACUGAUGCAGGUACACCGGCCGCCCGCUCCAACCUGAGCAUGCUGGGUGGCCUGCUGCUGGGCAUCUUCACGAUAGUCCCGAGCAUUUUGAUCUGGAUCAUCACCUUCAUCACCCUGACUCUCCCGACAUGGCUGUUCUCCUUCCUCUCAACGAGUCUGACCUUCACCAUGAACAUGACGACUCUUCUGCUCCUCCUGCUGGCGAUAGUGUCCACCCUCAGCUGGUUUGUGAGAUAUCGGUUCUUGAACAUGUACUCUCGAUUACCACCAGAACCACAACGGAAGGAGCCUCAGGUCGAAGUCUUCCCCGAGUCCCACGAAACAGAGUCCAAACCUGGCUUGGCCAAUUACUUUGAUGAAUUUCUCAGCGCUAUCAAAGUCUUCGGCUACCUGGAACGUCMAGUAUUUCACGAGCUCACACGGACUAUGCAGACUAGAAAGCUUAUCGCGGGAGAGACGUUACUCCUGGACGAGGAGAAAGGCUUCUGUUUGGUGGUCGACGGCUUGGUUCAGAUCUUUGUCAAGUCCAGUCGCGGACAAGGAAUGGAUUCGAACGAGUCUGCAAUCGCAGACGAUGAUCAACCUGAGGAUCGGACUGGUGGACAUGGAAGCUACCAGUUACUGACCGAGGUCAAGAACGGUGCUCCCCUGUCUUCUCUGUUCUCGAUCUUGGCUCUCUUCACGGAUAAUGUCAAGUUACGAUAUGACGAAGACGAAGACGAUAUGCAUACUAGCGGAUCCAGUGGAAAUUUAAAGCAGCAUGCUCGAGCCGCCGUGAGUGGCGAGUAUGCUCCAGGCUCGGCCCAGGAUAGUCCACUACCCUGGAGUGCCACAGAUACUUCCCGGCCGGCUAGCAGCAGUCACUUCAGAGACCCUCCCCCGUUGACCUUGGAUGGGAGCACCGACAAUAGCCAAAAUCGGCAAUCCAGCAGGAGACAAAGUAAGGCUCGCGAUGCCGGCGUUCGAGACCAGCGAGCAAGGAAAAGUAGCUCUGCUCAUCCUGAUAUUGUUGCCAGAGCGACUGUCGACACUACAAUCGCCAUUAUCCCUGCGAGCGCGUUUCAUAGAAUUACGAGGAUCUAUCCCAAAGCGACUGCGCACAUUGUUCAGGUAAUCCUGACUCGUCUCCAGCGCGUAACAUUGGCAACUGCAAAUUCUUAUCUUGGCUUGACAAGCGAAGUGCUAAGAACCGAGCGUUUGAUGGACAAGUAUACCAGCUAUGACCUGCCAGACUUCCUGCGCGGCGAGGCGCUGCAACGUCUGAAGGAUAAGUUCCUCAAAGAUCAGGAACGAAUUGGACCUGAGGAGGGGAUGAAAGGGAUUGCAUUGCACAAUCCUCGAAUUGCCCAGCGGAGACGAACCAGUAGUCGUCUUAGGCGUGAUGCUGCGACGCAAGCACGAAUGAGUGUUCGCAACGGCAGCCUGCAUGCGGACGACGUGGGAGGGGAGCGUGGCGGGAUGAGCGCUGGUGACCUACUGACAAACAUCCACGCAGCUCGAAUGCCCGGCCGCAGAGGCCAGCCUGGGGGCUUCUCGCAGCCAUAUUCCGCACCACGCGCUUCAAAUGGGGACGCAUCAGAGUCCAUGCGCCACCGGAAGCGAGAGUCAUUCAACGCGGGGCACAACCCUCGAGCCACGAUGCAUCGUCAGGAGUCGAUGGAUGAGGAUUUGAUAUUCCGCGAGUCUAUCAUGGAAUGCAUGGCGAAAGCCAUUGGCCUUACCAACUCGAAGGACGCUUUGCGGCAGGCCUCUUCCGUGGCCCAGUCGCCUCACUUGGUCUCCUACGACUCGCGCAAACAAAGCGCAAUCUUCGGCAAUGCUUUUGGCUUCAUGGACUCGUACGAUGGCGGCUCACAGGACGACUCGGAAUCGGUGGCAUCUGCGUCCGCUUUCAGCGUGGGCGGAUCUGCCAAUAUCCUGGACGACUUACGGAACGAGGUCGAGAUCGUGUUCUUCCCCAAGGAUGCAGUUCUGGUCGAGGAAGGAGAGCGAAACCCCGGGUUGUACUAUGUCAUCGACGGCUUCCUGGAUGUCAGUGCGUCGGUAGAUGAACAAGAGGCAAACUCGAACGUCUUUGGCACCACGGCUAAGCCUGACAUCCCGGAAAUGCUCACCCCACAAGACCGACGACGCGUCUCGGGAACAACCAGGUCUACGUCGGUCAGCGGCUCAGAGAACGUUCGUCGCAAAAAGGCCGGACUCGCCCGUAAAAGCCUCUUUCUGAUCAAGCCUGGCGGUCUAGCGGGCUAUCUUGGUACGAUCUCUUCGUAUCGUUCCUUCAUCAACGUUACUGCCAAAACUGAUGUCUAUGUUGGAUUUUUACCGCGCGUCGCGAUCGAAAAGAUUGUCGAGCGGCACCCGAUUGUGCUAUUGACCAUGGCGAAGAGAAUGACAAAUCUGCUGCCGCGGCUGAUCCUGCACAUUGAUUUCGCUUUGGAAUGGGUGCAAGUCAAUGCUGGUCAAGCAAUCUACCAUCAGAAAGAAGACAGCGAUGCAAUAUACAUUGUCUUGAACGGGCGACUACGCGCCAUACAGGAGAGCGAUGAUGGUAAGAUGAAAGUCACCGGAGAGUAUGGUCAGGGUGAUAGCGUGGGCGAGCUCGAGGUGCUCACCGAAACAGCCCGAUCCAGCACCCUGCACGCAAUUCGUGACACAGAGCUCGCGAAGUUCCCAAAGACGCUGUUUAAUAGCCUGGCGCAGGAGCAUCCCGGCAUCACCAUCAAAGUCUCAAAGAUCAUCGCAUCUCGGAUGAGGGCUUUGAUUGAGAACCCGAUGAACGAGUCGGAUAGCUACAACAAACUUGCGGUCGAGAGGCCCAAGGUCACGACAACUUCGAAUCUCAGGACGGUUGCGAUCAUCCCCUGUACAUCAGGUGUUCCUGUUGUUGAGUUUGGCCACAAACUGCACAAUGCUUUGAACCAGAUUGGGAAUCCGAACGGCGUUUACGUGCUGAGCCAGUCGACAAUUCUGAACCACCUUGGCAGGCACGCAUUCAGCAAAAUGGGCAAAUUGAAGCUGUCGCAGUACCUGGCUGACCUUGAAGAGAAGUAUGGACUCGUGAUCUACGUGGCAGAUACGAGCGUGAAAUCGCCUUGGACUCAAACAUGUGUGAGUCAAGCUGACUGCAUCUACUUGGUUGGUGUCGCUGAGGGCUCGCCGGCUAUUGGCGAGUAUGAACGUUUCUUAUUGACCACCAAGACUACUGCGCGCAAAGAGCUCAUCUUGCUGCACACUGAGCGGUACUGUCCCUCGGGGACAACAAGAGCAUGGAUGCGGAACAGACCUUGGAUUAACGGGGGUCACCAUCACGUUCAAAUGGCCUUUCGAUCAGCACCGGAGCCCGUCCAUCCUCCCCAGAAGCGAUUCGGCAGUGCCAUUAAGCAGCGUGUUCAAGUGAUACAAGCCGAGAUACACAAGUACACGUCGCGGAAGGUCAGGCAAACUCCUCUCUACUCGGCAGAAACACCGUUCAAGGGCGACUUCCAUCGUCUGGCGAGGAGACUUUGCAACAGAUCUGUUGGCCUCGUCCUAGGCGGUGGUGGUGCCAGAGGUCUCGCUCACGUUGGUAUCAUCAGAGCUUUGGAGGAAGCCGGCCUCCCAAUUGACAUCAUUGGUGGGACAUCAAUCGGGUCGUUUGWGGGUGCAGUCUAUGCUCAAGAUGCCGAUGUGGUACCAAUGUAUGGCCGAGUGAAGAAGUUUGCUGGCCGCAUGGGCAGUGUCUGGAGAUUCGCGCUUGAUGUGACCUACCCGUCCGCAUCGUACACAACUGGCCACGAAUUCAACCGCGGAAUCUUCAAGACGUUCGGGGACAGCCAGAUCGAAGACUUCUGGCUCGACUUUUACUGCAAUUCGACGAACAUAACAAAGUCGCGCUCGGAGAUUCACACGAGCGGCUACGUUUGGAGAUAUGUCCGCGCAUCGAUGUCUUUGGCGGGCUUAAUUCCGCCCAUGUGUGAUGAAGGGAACAUGCUGCUCGACGGCGGCUACACGGACAAUCUGACUGUAUCGCACAUGAAGGCACUCGGGGCAGAUCAGAUCUUCGCCGUUGAUGUGGGUGCGCUGGACGACGACACUCCGCAAGCCUACGGCGACAGUCUUUCCGGAAUCUGGGCCUCGCUCAAUCGCUGGAAUCCUUUCUCGUCAUACCCAAACCCGCCUACGCUCUCCGAGAUCCAGGCCCGGCUGGCAUACGUAAGCUCAGUGGACAAUCUCGAGCGUGCGAAGAACAUCCCCGGCUGCAGAUACAUGCGACCUCCAGUUGAAGCAUAUGGAACACUGGAUUUCGGAAAGUUUGACGAGAUUUACCAGGUGGGCUAUCAGUAUGGACAGAAGUUUUUGGCUGAUUUGAGGGAGGAAGGACUGCUGCCGGGUGGAGAGGAAACUGAAGAGAAACGAAAUCUGAGGAGGACUAUGGCUCCAAGGCGUGCCAGUAUUUGA